AUAGACUGUUUCCAUAUGCCCACCUUCACCUCUCAUCCACCGUGCUUCAUCUUUUUCCCCAAACCUAUUGCCUGUCCCUGAAAUGGACUUGCUUUCAGACAUUUCAGAGGAAGACCCCUUUGGGGAGGCUGACCAGAUCACACUAGACAGCUUAGAGCACCUUUCCACAGGUGAAACAUCCGAGCAGGGGGAUUCUGAAGUUGCUAUGCCUGAUUUGGUCUUGGAUUCUGCCAUAGGCCCUUCUCAGCCUGAAUGCCCUUCUCCCAUCCAUGGGAAGACUCUUAAAGCAGCUGACAACAGUGAUUCUGAGUUUGGUUACUUCUCCUUCAGUUUCUCCAAAUGUUUUCCCUCUGGCUUCCCCUCCCUUCUUGAUGAAGAUGGAUAUCUUGCUUUCCCCAGCCUCCCCAAGGUCUGGGUCUCCUUCCUCCCCGCUGGUGUGCAGCACUAUGUCCCAAUCACCUCCCCUUCAUUCAUUCCUUCCCUUAUCCUCAUCUUUGGGCUACUUCUGUCUGCUUCUCAGUCAGUUCCUUUUUCUCUUGCCUUUUCCCUUCCUCUGGCUCUAUGCCUCUGCUGUCUGGAGGCUAAAGCCGCCUCCUUUAAUGUUUCUUAUGACUGUGACUUGAAUGACAAACUAGAGGAAGAGGAAGUAGUUGCUGGCAUGCCCACAUAAGUUCAGUUUGUGGAGUCAACACAAUACACUUUAUCUUAAACCCUUCCUAACAUAGAGUGUAAAUGUGUGCAUACGUUUCACCACUGAUUACCCUCAACAUAGUAAUACCUGCAUAUUUUCACACACACAAUGUUUUAGUGCAUGAGAAAUAAGUGUAGACACUUCUCCUUCAUUGAUACCGUUGACCAGGUCCACACAUUCUAAGUUUGGAGCAAAAUUGUAGGAUUAUUUUACAAAUAUCUAGCUCAAACUAGAUUUGUAACAGAAGGUGUAGGGGAGGAGGGAACCUGUAUUGCCCGUAACAAUCCAUACAGGGUCUCUCCAUUUUGCAAACAGAUAUUAAUGCUGUUCCUUUAGGAUGGAACAUUUUUGUUUUGAUAUAGAACUUAGGAUGCAGUGGACAUAACUGUUCUUGACGUAUCUUAGUAGAAGUCCUUAGUACUAUUAUUUCUCUUGUUGGAAACCCAAAUGUGUUCUUGCAUCUAUGAGGAUGUAUCUGUAACCUUUACUCCUGAUAUUUGUAAGUCUCAUAUCAAAAGCUCCUUAUCUCCCUAUUAUUGUAGUAUUUGGAGACCAGAUGAAUUUUAGCUAGUUUUUUUUUCUAACCUUAAAUUAUGUAAUUAUAUAUAAGAGUCACUGUAGGGUAUUUUAUAAGGAAGGUACUAUUCUGUUGUCUUUAACAAAUGUAUGUGAAAAGUGACACAUGGCUUUUUUUGAAUAUUUAGACUAUAUAACACUAAGAUUGGGCCUCUUAGUGCUCCUUUAUUUAAAUAGGUGUUUGGUUUGAGGAUUUUUACCCCUAUAUAAGGCAAAUUUUUUUCAAGUAUCCUACCUCUGUGCUACUAAGUCAGCAUUAACAUGUAUAAUAUAUUUUUGAUUAUUUUGUUAAAUGUGGCCUGGUGAUUUAGUGCCUCAUAUUCUGUGGACACUACCACUACACAGAGUAAAUGACAAAUUUAGAGCAAACCUAAAGAAAAAUGUAAAGAUAAUGCAGUGAGUGUGCAUUGUAGGAGAAACCACAAUUGUUAAAAAGUUUACCUGAGGAAUAUCAAAGAUCAACAUUUUAGGGAAUUAAGUGUUGACCAAGGAGUUGGAAGAUGUUUCUUAACAGAUGAUUGAAUGUCUCAUUUUUCACAUCUGAUAAAGACUCUGAGCUCCUUGCUUACCUCUGAAAAAUACUAUGAGUGGUUAAAAAGGAAAGCCUUUUGAACUCUCAGAUUUAACACUAUCAUCCUAAUAAAGAAGGAAAAGGAUAUAUAUUAGAAAUUAACCUGUAAAGGUUAAAUGAUUUGCCUUUGAUAAGGGAGUCAAUAU